UAACAUUUUUUUCGGACUCCCCCGACUGAUUAUCAGUGUCGGAGUCACAACAAAGAUUUUUUUCCACGAGAGUAGCAAAUAAAUAUCAAAAUUCGGAAAAGACCCUAUUCUAAAGGGUUUUAGACGUCAGACCUUUUGUCGGACGCAACAGAAGGCACUUCCCAAAAGAUUCGCAGAGACAAGUUCUCCUACUGGACAUUUGCCGCGUCCUGAAUCAUAGCCCGGAAGUACCGAAGCCCAGCCGGGCGAGCACACCGUGUACACAGAUGGCUUUCGAUUCGCCGUCGAUUGUUUCCGAAAGCCGUCUCGCUUCUCGGAGAAAAAUGGCUGUCCUCUUAAGGCGAAGCAGUUUCCCGUUACGAGCGAGACGCGUUGGCUACCAUCGGCGGCAGUCCGGCGGGGUUUACACGUGGUGCGACGUCAGCGGGAGGACGAAGCGCGGAGGCGGGGGGAUCCUGAGGACCUGCCUGGGCGCGGGUGCCACCUGCGGUUCGCUCCUGUACCUCCUGGACAGAUCGGUCGAGGCCAUGAGUCCCGUUCCGCGCCUGCCGAGCUACCCCUGGGAGUUCCAAGGCUACCUCAAGUCCCUCGACCACUCGGCCGUGAGGAGGGGCUGGCAAGUGUACAUGACCGCGUGCUACUCGUGCCACAGCUUGCGUUAUGUGCGAUUCAUGGAUCUUAUCAACGUGUCGCACACGGAGAACGAGGUCAAGGACAUCGCCGCCGAGUUCGAGGUGCAGGACGGCCCCGACGACGAAGGCAAUUACUACACGAGACCCGGAAGAACGAGCGACCUGAUACCGCCCGCGUUCCCGAACGAGCAGGCGGCCAAGGCGGCCAACCUCGGCAUGUACCCGUCGGAUCUAACCUACUUUGUCCACAGCAAGAGCAACGGCACGAAUUACCUGUUCGCCUUCUUGACGGGAUGGAUGGAGCCGCCGGCGGGCGUCGCUGUGACCGAGCUGCAACACUUCAACGUGUACUUCCCCGGCAACGUGGUGAGCAUGCCGCAGGUGCUAUUUGAGAAUAUCUUGGAGUACGACGACGGCACCCCGGCGACCAUCUCGCAAAUGGCCAAGGACUUGGUCGAGUUUUUCACAUGGACCGCCUCGCAAGAGUUCGACCAGCGAAAAUCGAUGUUUAUCAGGGCGAUGGGAGUCUCUCUCAUGUUGCUGGCCUCGACGUUCUAUUACCACAGAUACGUCUGGUCGUCCAUGAGGAGCCGUCAGAUCGCAUACGUGCCCAAGAGAAGAAAAUGUUAGGACGCGUCAUCUUCAGCGAAUAGAAUUUUCAGCGAAUACCCGAGGGAGGAAAAUUGCUCCUCGACGUCGGGAGGGAAACAACAGACGCGGUCGAAAAUUUGCCAUCGCGACCGACGACGAUCGUUUGCCGCAGUUUCGAGGUCCAAGCAGCAGAUUGCUAGAGGAAAAGCGCGAGCGCCGGCGACUCGAAUCGGCGACCGUUCGCGGAUUCAGAUGCACAAUAAACCACGAACAGUGAUUAAUCGUAAAUAAAGAAGAGGCGGGGGCGUCGAGCUGAAUCGCACUCCGCCGGAGGUUAUUUAUCGAAGCGGAUUUUAGCUCGGCUCCCUUCUCUCUGCCUCUCGUGACACGAUGACAACGUAAAUCUGUAAUUCUUAUUUAGAACCGAGACGCGCGCGCGCGCGCGCGCACACAUCAACGCCCACGAGCCCCUACAAAGUUGCAUCAGAGUGUGCACCUGUACGCGUAAAAAUGCGCUCUAAAAAUACGCCCGACAUCGCGACGGACUGCAGCGCGAAUCCCACGCCGCCGUGCUGCGUUGGCUGCGCCCGCGGAAUAGCGACAACGACGUUGUCGUCGUCGUCGUCGUCGUGCAAAGAAGAAUACGUGCGACCCAGCGCGGGACCGACUGACCGACCGACCGGACCGUUUGACUGGCUUCUUCAGCAACGGCAUGCGCGCCGUCGAUAAUCGUUUCGCAAUGCGCGGCCUUGACGAUGCCUGUAUAGUGGCCGAUCGGCCCGUCUAAAAAUAGGAGAAGCUCUCUUGCGAGGAGAGAGAGAGAGAGAGAGAGAGAGAGAGAGAGAGAG